AUGGUUUUCACCAAUUGGUGGACCGCGUUCGUUCUUUUCAUUACUCCUGCCUCUCUCUUUUACCAAACCUGGGCAUCUCCUCUGAAUCUUACCGUUGGGACGCGUGGUUCCUUUGUUCCUUUCGGGGCUCUGAUCGACAGAUGCACCGUUUCUGGUACAGUUGCUCUGACCUUUGACGAUGGGCCGUACAUCUUCACCCCCGAUCUCCUCGAACUCCUCAGUGAGUACGGUGCUCGUUCGACCUUCUUCCUCAAUGGACAGAAUCUUGGUAGUUUAUAUGGAGACGCCGCUGUCGUCCAGCGUAUCUUGGAGGAAGGUCAUCAGGUUGGAUCACAUACCUGGGGUCAUCCGUACUUGACCUCCUUGGACUACAAUGCCAUUGUUGCGCAAAUGACCCAGCUGGAAGCAGCGUUCAUAAGCGUCCUUGGUUUCUAUCCGACGUAUAUGAGACCUCCCUACUUUGCCUACAACGAACUGGUGUUGUCUGCCAUGGGUGAUCUAGGGUACCAUGUUAUCAUGGCCAGCAUUGACACGAAGGACUACGAGAAUGACCAUCCGGACCUGAUCUUCCGCAGUUUUGAGAAGUUCCGCAAUGAACUCAAUGCGGGAGGGAGCAUCGUGCUAGCCCAUGACGUGCAUGAACAGACGGUGACUACUUUGACAAGAGCAAUGCUCGAAGAAAUCCGUGCCAGAGGAUUGCAGACGGUCACCGUUGGACAGUGCUUAGGCGAUCCUAAGGAGUACUGGUAUCGGACAUCCCGUUAG